AUGUCCAAGAACAAGGGGAAAGAACCAGGAUCUCAACUUAGGUGGACACAACCAAUGUGUGACAUGCUAUUUAAAAUGUUAGUUGUUGAGGCUGAACAAGGCAACAAGCCCUCAAACAAAUAUAAGCCUCAAUCCCUUGACAAAGUGGCAAAAGAAAUUGGUGUGAAGUUUAAUGUAGAGUGUCAUGCAUCACAUGUGCAUAACCGUCUUCGUAUGAUUAGAAAAGAGUGGAAACUCAUUCAGGAUAUUCGAAAAAAAAGUGGAUUUGGUUGGGAUGAUAAUUUGAAAAUGAUCACAUGUGACAAGCAAACUUAUGAUGCUAAAGUGCUGGCUCAUCCCGCUAAUGCGCCUUAUUUAAAUAAAAAAAUUGAACAGUAUGAUGAGAUGGCUAUUGUUGUUGGUAAGGACAUGGCAACUGGUGGCUUUUCAAAGCAAUGGAGUGAACAUUCUCCAUUGGUUGAAAAUGAGACCCCACAAAAUGACAUCCAAAAUCCAGAAUUUGAAGGUGACACUGAUAUGUUGCCAAAAGAUGCCCAUGAAGCUUCCAAUGGAACUUCAUCUAAGGGAAGGAGCCAUAGAAAGAAAACUUAUGCAGCUAUGAAUGAAGAUAGUCCUUUUAGUGAGAUGACUGAACAACUCAAACAGAUUGCAGUAGCUGUUACAGCUCUGAGUCAUGGCCCAGUUAAUACAAAUGAGCUUCAUAAAGUAGUGAUGAAUGUUGAAGGCUUUGAAGAAGACAUGCUUGAUGAAGCUUUUGAUCAUUUGGCCAUUAAGGACAAGAUACUCUCCUUGGAUUACCUGAACUAUCAGGUUGAAAUAUUGACAGCUGAUUCUGAGCUUUCAUUUAACAAUGGGAUUGUGGUUUUGGUGAUUUGGCACUUACCUUCUAUAAAAGUAGUAGGAGGAAACCUUUAUGGAGGGGCUUGUACCUGGAAUGGAUUGCCUUUGCCAAGCAACAAUUAUAUUGAGUUGAAUUCUGCUGGUUCAUGGUCUGUAGACUAUAGAGUUAGUAUUGAAUACUGUUAUGGUAUAGGGGGUGAAGGUCGAAAGUGGAAUGGAAUGAUUGAAGUAGUUUGA